AUGUCACCGUUUCCACCUCCACCCGGUUCCGCUCCCAUGGGAACCGCUGCGCCUUCGAUGAUGAGCCCUUUUGCUGCCAGUCAGAGUCCUUCUAAAGCGGUCUCUUCGCCGGCUGGAGCCCGUUUCGCCGGAGGCCCAGGUACUCCUUCAACGCCGCACGCUGCCCAGAAUCCUGCGUCUGUUGGCACAGCACCAGUUGCCGUCUCACAGUCAGAACCCCUUCACAGCACCAGUCCGCAUCAGACGCAGAUUCAACAGCAUGGAAGUGUUGAAGCACCGUCAUUGACUGGAUCCGCUCCCUACACCCCAGCGUCAGUGAAUUCGGGUGUCGCUUUGCCAGCUGUGAAUCCUGCCGACCACCCGUUCGGCAAUAUUCACAAUUUAUCAGUGACAAACCUCGACAUCGAAAUCGAUGGCAAAAGUCUCUUUGGCUCGACUCUGAUGACAGCUGACGAUAUCAAAAAGUACUUGAACGAUAGCGACACCGUUUUCUCAGCCUUUGACGAUCUUACCUGCACGAAUGAUCCUCCACCUAUCGUUGGAUUCCCUCACUGCUGGGAAGAUAUCCAGUCCAUAAUCGCCGCUGAUGAAAAGCGAGGUUGA